CCAGCGAGGCACGCGACCCCGGAGCAUCCUCCCCCACCGCGCGCGCUAAGGUGGGACUGCCCGGAGGCGGGCGUCGGGCCCCCAGCUCCGCGGCCCCCGGAGCGCUCGGGACUCGCUGAUCGCGGGCUCGGCGGCAAUAUGUCUGUGGCGUUCGCAGCCCCGAGGCAGCGGGGCAAGGGCGAGAUCACGCCCGCCGCCAUCCAGAAGAUGCUGGAUGAAAAUAACCACCUUAUUCAGUGUAUAAUGGACUAUCAGAAUAAAGGGAAGGCAUCGGAGUGCUCUCAGUACCAGCAGAUACUGCAUACAAACCUGGUAUACCUUGCUACCAUAGCAGACUCCAAUCAAAAUAUGCAGUCUCUCCUACCGGCGCCGCCUACACAGAAUGUGCCUAUGGGUCCUGGAGGGAUGAGUCAGAGUGGCCCUCCACCCCCUCCCCGCUCUCACAACAUGCCUUCAGAUGGAAUGGUGGGUGGGGGCCCUCCUGCACCACACAUGCAGAACCAGAUGAACGGCCAGAUGCCUGGGCCUAACCAUAUGCCAAUGCAGGGACCUGGACCCAGUCAGCUCAGCAUGACGAACAGCUCCAUGAAUAUGCCUUCGAGUAGCCACGGCUCCAUGGGAGGCUACAACCAUUCUGUGCCAUCGUCCCAGAGCAUGCCCGUGCAGAACCAGAUGACAAUGAGUCAGGGGCAGCCAAUGGGAAACUAUGGUCCCAGACCAAACAUGAAUAUGCAACCAAAUCAAGGUCCCAUGAUGCACCAGCAGCCUCCUUCUCAGCAGUACAGCAUGCCACCUGGAGGUGCGCAGCAUUACCAAGGACAGCAGGCGCCCAUGGGACUGAUGGGUCAAGUUAACCAAGGCAGUCACAUGAUGGGCCAGAGACAGAUGCCUCCCUAUAGACCUCCACAACAGGGCCCACCACAGCAGUACUCAGGCCAGGAAGACUAUUAUGGGGACCAAUACAGUCAUGGUGGACAAGGUCCUCCAGAAGGCAUGAACCAGCAGUAUUACCCUGAUGGUCAUAAUGAUUACGGUUAUCAGCAACCGUCGUAUCCUGAACAAGGCUACGAUAGGCCUUAUGAGGAGUCCUCACCACAUUACUGCGAAGGAGGAAACUCGCAGUACGGCCAGCAGCAGGACGCUUACCAAGGACCACCUCCACAGCAAGGAUACCCACCCCAGCAGCAGCAGUACCCGGGGCAGCAGGGCUACCCAGGACAGCAGCAGGGCUACGGUCCUACCCAGGGCGGUCCAGGGCCUCAGUAUCCUAAUUAUCCUCAGGGUCAAGGUCAGCAGUAUGGGGGCUAUAGACCAACACAGCCAGGACCACCACAGCCGCCGCAGCAGAGGCCUUAUGGGUACGACCAGGGACAAUAUGGAAAUUACCAGCAGUGAAAAUGUCCUUACAUUCCAAUAGCCAGCACCUAUUAGCAGCCACAUUGUCACAGCUCUGCACCGUGGACACCCCCGGGAAGGCUUCUUCCAUUCCAACUAGUUUUUGGAAAAACCUUUGGCUAAAUGGCUGCUUCGUUGGCAAGUAGCUUUUAUGGUGUAGUUUCUAAAGGCUUUCGUAGCUACCAACGCACCUGAUUUCACGUUUCUACUCUAGAUGGCAACAUUGGACAGAAAAUGCACUGACACAAGGACUUGGCAGCCAUUUCAACUGUGUUCCAAAUGGACUGUCACAGACUGAAAGGCGUGAACAGUUUUGCGUGUUCACGGAGGUUGAGGGUUUCAUACUUUUCCACAGAUUAUUUUGUAAGGGGAAGGGGAAAUGUACACUUUCUACAGCAGCCAUAUUUUGUCUAUAUGUUUAUUUCAUGUGGUGAAUAUGCAAAGCGGUACACUCCACACUGGGCAGAGAAUCGGAACCCGGCAGUGUGCAGUGUGGUAGACGCUCAGCGCUGUGGUGCUCUGAAGACAGGCGAGGCGAGGCAGAAGCCCACCACAGGCCCGCUGUUAGUUCUUAGAGGAAAGUCACAUCUCUCUUAUCUACCAGAUUAGCAAGGGCACUGUGAUACAGUUUUUGAGUACAAAGACAUUUUUUAAAAAGCCUUCCAGUUUUGUGCAUUAAAACCUUUUUGUAAAGAUGAUUUAUAAUACUGUUUUCAAAAGCAAGGCAAUAAUUAUGUUGCAUUGUGGACUUGGGCAGGUUUGUGUAAAUGAAGAGGGAAGCCUCUUAAACCAGCAAUAACUGAAAGGGAGAGAGCAGGAAGUCUACCUUCUGAGCAGUCAGGGAGCUUAGUCCUGUGAGCUCAUCUGUGACCUCAUCACAGAGGAGUCAGCGGCGAGCUCACCUUAUUCCUUAACAUAAUCGGUUGGGGGAGCUGAGGAGAGUCGUCUAGGAGGCUUUAAUGCUUGUGUAGUAACUUUGUUACUGGGUGCAAGCAAAGGGGCCCCCUUAUGUCCCUCUCUCUUCAUCUUGGGUAAUGCAAGAGGAGAAUGCCUAUGACGGGCUUUUCCGACUCGUACUGAAAGCCUAGAGGUGGCAUUUCACGGUUUCUCGUUCUUAAGCACGACAUGACAUACUUAAUCAUUCUUUGAGACUGAUUAUUUUAGCUAAAUUUGGGGAUAUGGCAAGGGGCAGGAAGAUGUGCACUGAGAGAUUUUAACCACAUCUGUUUAAGCAGACUUUGAAAAUCUCUGGCCCGAAGGUAAGUUGUUCUGUCCUCGGAGUUGUCUGCGUCCAGGGAAUAUGACUGAGUAUAUGCCUUUGUAAUGGAGGUCGGUUUUGCCAUUUCUAACUGCAAACAGAACAGAAGGGGUGCCAUAAAUUCACAGCAUACUGUUCUCAACAUACUGUAAUCCAAAAGGGUUUCAAUGUGUCUGUAUGAGAGUGCGUGUGUUUCUAAGGUCAGUAGAGGGUGUUCUUCAACUUGGUCAGUAGAAAUAGGCAUCAAGUGUGACCAGACGAGGUGUGGAAAGCCUUGCGAGGAGAUGCUUAUGAGUUCUGUGCCAGGUCCUUCACCACUGUGUACUUUAUUGCUAUUUAAAACUGUAUCAACUCUAACGAAAGAAUAAAUUAUUUGUGAUUUUAA